UUUUAUUUUCACCCCGCUGAGAGAUGACUGGAAUUUCUCAUCUGGCUGAGAAGGGCAUUUUAACUUUCUCCUCUUUCCCUGCGCACUUCAUUUCCACUCUCAUGCACCCUGCCUGCACGCUCUCCUCUCUCCCCUCCUUUUUCUGAGGCUAUGCACCGUUUUCUUUGGCAUCCCGCUCCUGUGUGCGAGCCAAGGGAAGGCAGCUCUCUCCUGGGACACUCCUAACUAUCUCCGUCUCUCUAUCACACACAUUCUCGUUUCCUCUUCAGGAUCGUUCUGAAGCAUGCAGGACACUUUGCUCCUGUCUGCAGAAGGGAUGGGGCCUAAUUUGCUUGCACGGGCUAAUGAGCUUAGCCCGUGCUGAGCAGCUUUUAGCCUGCAGGUUGCUGUGGUGGGCACUGGUUAGCCCUAGUGGUUAGUUAGAGGAACCAGAGAGGAUCUCAGAAGAGGCAGAGCUGCAGCUUCACCACUUACCAGGACCAACUUCACGCAGACACUUUGGAUGGGACGUCUCUAUCUACUGUCUCCCCUCCCUCUCACCUCUACCUCUCUCUGAAGCUACCUGACUCCCCUCUGUCUCCCUCUCUGACUGUCCCGGAGUACUGAACAACUGCUUUUGUUGCUGUAUCACCUCUUAGGCAGCUGCGUCUCUUUUCACCUUUCUUCCCUGCUUUUCUGACUAACCCUCUCCCCCUGAAUUUAUUGCCAACAUGUACCGGAACCCGUGGAUCUCGAAUUACCUGACCCAUGUCAAGUUUUGCAGCCAAGGACUUGGGAGUGAGACCCCAAUUAAACUGAGCAACCCCAGAUUGCUACAGAAGAGAGCUUUGAGCUUCCAGAAAGAAUUCACCUUCGACGAAAAAGACGACCCAGCUAAAAGCAAAGAUAUAGAUGUUAGUGUCUUGGCCAACCUCCCAAAAGUCUCUGAAUUGAGGAAACGAUUUGAAGGCAUCACCACAAGCUCAAGUGACUGGGAAAUGAACAGCAGAAAGGAGCGUAUCGCUCGGCGGUUGGAGGGCAUCGAUGCUGAGGUGCAUCCGUCCCUGCUGCCUAGCCUGGUGGCGAACCGGCUUCUGGAGGAGGACACACCCCGAUACACCAGGGCCUCUGAUCCCUGUGAGCUCUGUGGUGUUACAGUCCAGCGGUACAGCAUGGAGGCAUUGGAAAGCCCAGAGACGCAGCCCAAGGCUCCAGAGCGACAGUCUAGAGCUCGGUGCAGACCUGACCCCCCGACCUCCAUCCUCCCAGAGCCUGUCCACACUUCAGACUCCACCACCAUUAACCUUGAGACUGAGACUGAGUCUAAGGUUGAACGCAUCGCACGCUACAAGGCGGAGCGGCGCCGGCAGCUUGCAGAGCGCUACGGCAUCUCUUUAGAUCAGGAGCCAGACGUGGAGCCACCUCCCCGCUCCACUCGUACACGGAAGGAGUUGGAAGGCUCAGAGAGGCGUAUCCGAGCGGAAUCAGUGGGGGAAGAAGGGAGGGACAUCACCCUGAGUUCUUACAAUAGCACCUCUGUCACGAGCCCAAGGGCGGGACGCACGGCACCACAGCAGAGUCAACCAGACCCGGGAUCCGAGGUGAAUCGGACCAGGGUGGACUCGCUGUCUGAGAGGGAGAGGCUGAUGAACCUGGAGAAUCAACGCAGAGCUGCUCCUCCUGAGCUGCCGUCCUCCUCCUCAUACAUGGAUGUGACAUCAAUGUCCUCAACUGCCACGGUGCCCGCCAAAGACUCUUCAGUCGCAGGGAUGCCACCCAAUUCACCCAAGGAAAGCCGGCACUCAUCCCUCUCCUCACCUAAACAUGCCGUGUCCACUGGGGACCAAUUAAUCGAGCAGCAGAGCCACACCAUCCUCACCAGACAUGGAAUCAGAGUUAGGGAGAGGAUUGCCAGGGAGGACCGUCAGAGGAGCCCAGAGCCUGGAAACGUUACAGAAGCUCCAGUGCACCGCAGACACCAGACCCAAACAUCUACACGCUCCAAUACAGACCCCCCGCAAAUGUACUCCCAUCCCCACCAUCAACCCCGGGCUCAGCUCGCCCGACCUGGGCCACCAGGAGGACAGGAAGUUGGCGGUAACCACAGUUACCUGUCCAUGGCCUCUGGUCCCACAUCCACAGCGGGGCAGGAUCAGCAACAACUGCCCCAGGAGGAAGAGACGGAGGGUCUUCUGAGGAGCCGGAAAGCAGUGCUGCCCUCGGACAUCCGCCGCAGGGAGAGGAGCACUGAGGACCCCCGGAGAGGAAGGUGGGAAGAAGAGAUAGGGAUGUCCAGGGCACAGAGUCUUAACCAGGCAAGGAAGGCUGAGGCAGAGGAUCCUACAAGAGGAAGACACAGAACCAGGGCCGAAACAGAACACACUUCACAUCUGCAAGCCUCAGAGAGCAGGCAUAGAGAGCGGGACAAUGCUGUUGAUAUUCAGAAAGGGGUAGCGGCCACCCAGAUCCAGCCAAGAGCAGCACAUGCAGACCCAGGAAGCCCCCCCUCCAGCCGCUCGAUGUCAGAUGCUGGGGUUUCCAGAGGAAUCACUCUGAGGAACCAGCAGCAUCGCGACCCCCCUGAGGUCAGGGAGGGGGAUGGUUCCAGUAACCAAGAGGGUCACCAGGACAGCCGAGUGUCUGUGGCCCAGCUCAGACAUUCCUACAUUGAGAACACCACCACCCCUCCAACCAGCCGCAUAAAUAAGCUGUCCUGUGUGAGUUCAGAUCUUCCUCCCAUUGAAGCUGAGGAUGAGAAGCUAGAUGAUCGAGCCAAGCUGAGUGUAGCAGCCAAGCGCUCUCUCUUCAGGGAACUCGAGAAGAGAAUUGAUGGCGGAGCUCCUAAGCAUCGAUCCAGGAAUGCAGCGGUGGACAGGAGACUAAGACGGACACAAGAUCGAUCCAGAACGCAGCCUGUCACCACUGAGGAAGUUGUCAUCGCUGCCACCCUGCAGGCAUCCAUGCAGCAGAGCAACAUGGCCCGGGAGCAGGCACGGGAGGCCCGGCAGGUGCAGGAGAUGCAGGAGGUCCAGGCUUCAAAGCCAGUGUCCACAGUGGAGGGAACGGGCCAGAGUCAAGGUCAGGACGAGCCUGACCUCUGCACCCUCAGCCUGGCAGAAAAGAUGGCACUGUUCAACAGACUGUCUCAGCCUCCCAUCAGGGUGACCCGCACCAGAGGGGACACACGCAAUCGCAGGGCCAACGCUCGCUACCAGACACAACCCAUCACCCUGGGAGAUAUGGAGCAGCUUCAUAACGGAACAGGCUCUCGGCUCCCUACUUCAUCCUCCUCCUCUGCUCUGAGAGAAGGCACAGUCUCCACUGACCAUGCCGGAGACAUCCACAUAACCAGAGCAGCAGCCCGGGUUGAACCCCUCCCUCCCAGCUCUGACCGGUCCCUGCCCCCUCACCACCCAGAUGCACCCUCAUGGAGGUCCCAGGAAGUCACGGACCACCAGAGGUACCAAAACGUCCCCCAGGGAGAAGCUGGCACUGAUCUGGGAGGAGGGAAGAGGAAACUAGCCUCUCCUGAGGGAGAGGUCAGGCAGGCCGCUCUGCCCCAGCCUCAGAGUGGCAGAGAGAGGAGGAGGGAGGAGGUGGUGGUGGAGAAGGGGGAGGAGCAGUGGCCUGCCGGAGGGUGGGGGGACGUGCAGAGCUCAGAGAUUAACAUGCUCCAGGAGAGGCAGGAGGAGUAUCUGAGGGAGGAAGAACUCUACCCAGAGAGUCGGAGGAGCAGGGCCGUCAGUAGAGAUCUGCCGGAGUCCGCAGUGGUAACAUCCAGAGCAGCAUCUGGCUCGCCCAGGAAUCUGUAUCAGCUGCCAGACACACACACAGACGAUCUGUAUCAGCCUGACGAGGGAGAUGAGCUGAGCAACAUGAUGAUGGCCAGACAAAUGUCCAUCAAAGAGAGAGUGGCCUUGUUGAAGAAGAGUGGCGCGGAUGACUGGAGGAACAGGAUCAAUAGGAAGCAGGAUGUGAUGAAGGGUGACGUGGGCGAACAGCAGGCUCAGCUCUGGGAGGAGGAGCAGAGCUACAAGAAGAAGGACGAUGAAGAACUGAUGAUGAUCGAUGAGUUUGCUGUGUCCGACCAGCUCUGGGAUCCGCUCUUUGGCUCUACCUUCUCUCCUCCACCUGAGCCUCGUUUCCAUACUCCUUCCCCUGAUGAGUCAGCAAGCCAGAGAAUAGCUGAUUCUGAGAUGGAGAGCCAGGGGAGCGAUGCGCACAUGUCCAUCCAGGAGAGGAAGCUGCAGAUGGUAGCCCAAGAGGAGGCCUGGAAGAUGAAAGGCCACGGAGCCGCCAACGACUCCACCCAGUUCACUGUGGCUGCACGCAUGGUGAAGAAAGGGUUGGCUGCCCCCUCAGCCCUCCAGUGCCCAGUGACCUCCAAACCCAAGAACAGCAGCCUUGCCAUCUCCAAACCACAGGAGGAGAUCAAGGCCGUCCCAGAUCUGAACCUGGAGACGGACUUGAAGCUGGAUAAACUGGAAUCAUUCUUAGGCAAGCUCAACAGUAAAGCAUUUGGACUGCCAGAAUCAACCAUCACAGUCACUCAGAAGAAGGUUAAGGCAGUGAUGUCCAUUGAGGAUGAAACUUUUUCCAAGUUCUACCGCCAAGUAGAGGAAGUCCCCGCCAAUACCAACAAGGUGGAGAUAUAUGACGACUUUGAUGCCAUCUUCGGCCCCCAGGUCCCAAAACUGGCGUCAGAGAUGGUGCAGCACAGGCGAGCUGUGCGCCCGACACGUAACGUCCAGUCAUCUAGGAACCCUCUGAAGAUGCUGGCUGCCAGGCAGGACAUCAGACACGAGUACACAGAGCAGAGGCUCAACAUCGGCUUGCUGGAGAGCAAGAGGAUGAAGACUGAAAAGAUGAAUAAGAACUCUGGUUUCUCUGAUGUGGCUCUGGCUGGACUGGCCAGCAAGGAGAACUUCAGCAGUGUCAACCUGCGCAGCGUCAACAUCUCUGAGCAGAUGUCCAACAACAGCGCCGUGCCUUACAAGAAGCUCAUGCUCUUACAGGUCAAAGGCCGACGGCACGUCCAGACCAGGCUGGUGGAGCCCAGAGCGUCCUCCCUGAACAGCGGAGAUUGUUUCCUACUCAUCACACCUCACCACUGCUUCAUCUGGACUGGAGAGUUUGCCAACGUCAUAGAGAAGAACAAGGCUUCAGAGUUGUCAAACUUCAUCCAGAGAAAGAGAGAUUUAGGGUGCAGAGCUAACUAUGUCCAGGUCAUCGAGGAGUGCGUCAGCACAAACAGCCAUACUGCCAAGGAUUUCUGGAAGAUUCUGGGAGGGCAGUCCAAUUAUCAGUCUGCUGGGACACCAGAUGAAGACGAGCUGUACGAGAGUGCCGUUGUUGAGACAAACUGUAUCUAUCGCCUGAUGGAUGACAAACUGGUCCCAGAUGAUGACUUUUGGGCCAAAGUGCCCCGCUGUUCCCUGCUGAACCCAAAGGAGGUCUUGGUGUUUGACUUUGGCAGUGAGAUGUACAUAUGGCAUGGAAAGGAAGUGACGCUGGCACAGAGGAAGGUGGCCUUCCAGCUGGCGAAGCACCUGUGGAACGGCACGUUCGACUACACAAACUGUGACAUCAACCCGCUCGACCCGGGAGAGUGCAACACACUCAUACCUAAGAAAGGCCAGGGCCGACCUGACUGGGCCGUGUUCGGCAGACUGACUCAACACAAUGAAACCACCCUUUUCAAAGAGAAGUUCCUUGACUGGAGCGACUCCAGGAAAACACCAAGCCCGACAAGAAACAACGACCACAACGCCGACCAAAAGGAGCAGCCUGCCUCUGAUCAGCGCCAUGCGUACGACGCCUCUCUGAUGCUGCCUCUGCUUCAGGCGCCCAUCUCCACCAAACUGGAGGGGUUCAGUGUGGGGCGUGGCUAUGGCCUGGUGGAGGCAGAGGAGUGGAGGAGCUACGAGAUCAUCACGCUGGCGGUGGAGGUGUGGCACAUCCUGGAGUUCGACUACAGCCGCCUACCGCUCCAGAGCAUCGGCCAGUUUCACGAGGGCGACACAUACGUAAUGAAGUGGAAGUACAUGGUCAGCACUGCAGUUGGGAGGAGACAGAAACCGGAUCAGCAGAAGACGGCGGGGGCCGGAAAGGAGAAGUGCUGCUACUUCUUCUGGCAGGGCCGCAACUCCACCGUCAGCGAGAAAGGAACCUCGGCGCUGAUGACGGUGGAGCUGGACGAGGAGCGGGGAGCACAGGUUCAGGUGCAGCAGGGUAAGGAGCCUCCGUGUUUCCUGCAGUGCUUCAAAGGAGGGAUGGUCGUCCACUCAGGGAGGAGAGAAGAAGAGGAAAACUCACAGAGUGACUGGCGUCUGUACACUGUGCGCGGGGAGGCGGAGGUGGAGGGCCACCUGCUGGAGGUGGCCUGUCACUGCAGCAGCCUGCGCUCCAGGGUCUCCAUGGUGAUGCUGAGUGUUAGCCAGGCCCUCAUCUACCUGUGGCACGGCUGCAAGUCUCAGACACACUCAAAGGAGGUGGCAUGUACCGCCGCCAACAAAAUGAAAGAACACUGUCCUCUGGAAACAGGCCUCCACAGCAGCAGCAAGGUUACCAUACGGGAAUGUGAAGAGGGAGCGGAGCCCACGGGAUUCUGGGAAGCCCUCGGGAGGAGGGACAGGAAAGCAUACGACUGCAUGCUGCAAGACCCCGGGAGGUUUAACUUCUCUCCGCGUCUGUACCAGCUGAGCAGCAGCUCAGGGGAGUUUGCAGCUGUGGAGUUCCUUUACCCUGCCAGAGACCCCAAGCUGGUCAACUCUAUGCCUUUCCUGCAGGAGGACCUCUACUCAGACUCUCAGCCAGCCUUGUUCCUGGUGGACAAUCACCAUGAAGUGUACCUGUGGCAGGGCUGGUGGCCUCAGGACAGUGAAAGCACCGGCUCAGCCCGAAUCCGCUGGGACUCUGACAGGAAGUGUGCCAUGGAGACGGUGCUGCAGUACUGCAGAGAAAAGAAUGAGAAGAAGCCUCCCAAAGCAUAUCUGAUCCACGCCGGUCUGGAGCCGCUCACCUUCACCAACAUGUUCCCCAGCUGGGAGCACAGAGAGGACAUCGCUGAGAUCACUGAGAGGGAGGCUGAGGUGUGUAACCAGAUCAUCCUGGUGGAGGACGUGUUGGCCAGGCUGUGUAAGACCAAAUACCCACUGGCAGAGGUUCUGGCCCGGCCGCUGCCUGAGGGCGUGGACCCUCUGCGCCUCGAGGUCUACCUCUCUGAUGAAGACUUCGAGAAAGCCCUGGACAUGAACAGGAUGGAGUACGGGGCUUUGCCCGGCUGGAAGCAGGUGAAUGUGAAGAAAUCCAAAGGACUUUUCUAAACGGUUGAUGACGUGAAGACAGGAAGUUGUUGUCGAGGAGGGACUGAGGGAGCAGUGAAGGUAUGGAAGAAGGAUCGGUGAACAAGAGAAGGGCCCGCUUCCCCUGCUGCACAUUCACUUCCAUCUUGGUAUUUUGGUUGUAUAGGUAUGAGACACAUGUAGGCGGAUGCACCUCUGAGUGAUUGCUCUUCUCUAAAGUCACUCUCAUGAAGCUAAAGCCUCAAAUUGCGUCCAUAGGCAGAGAGUGCAAGGCCUUUUUAUUGAAUGUAAUGUCAAUGUAUGUAGAUAUGUACCAUAUGCAGAACAGCCCAGUGCCCUUACAUUGUGAGAGCAGGCCUGUCAGCCUGUUCAACACACACUCUCUGUUUAAUCUCUAUGUAUGUUUGUGAAUUACAAAUAAUUUAUAUUUAUCAAAUUCAUAUAGGAAUUUUUUUUAAAGCUUCCUGAAUAUUCACUGAGCUGAAAAUGAUUGAAUAAACUGUAUAAUGAAUGUUGAAGAGCUUUGUGUCAUAUGUUGAUAAAUACUGGAUAUUACAGAAUUAUCUCGUGCUGUACAGAUCACCAUUUGCCAUUUACAAAUCAAAUGAUGCAGCUUUAUUAUUAUAGUGUCACUAUUGUUUCAGUUCCAAGAGAGUAUACAUGCUUGAUAAGCGGCAGAGAUAGAGGGAUGCUGAAAUGUAUGUGAUUUUUAAACCCUGCAGUGUAUAGUGCCUUGCUUUGUGUACAGUUUAUAUAAAGAUUCUAGUCUGCAUUUUGAAGACUUUUUGUGAUAUGAAUAAAUAUUAAACAAAUAAA